UCUCAUAAAGAAAAAGGCAAAACCCUAAACCCUUUCUGCGCUGUUCUGUCUCCUCUUCCGAUCUGAUCUAUCGUCAAUGGCUUCCGCGUGCAGCAGAAUUGCGCAACGAACGUUAUUUUCGUCUGCAAAAUCCGUCAUUAAGUCCAAUGUUCGCGCUUCUUCCAAACCAACUUCAACUUCCGUUCCUCUUCGACAAUCCUUGUUGACCAGGAUCUCGCCGGAACUGAGAUGCGCACAGUCGCUGUUGCCGCUGCACAGUGCGGUGGCGGCAGCUAGAAUGACUUCUUGUUUGAGCGUAACUUCCAGAAGCUGCCGAGCGCUUUCUCAGGGCACAUAGUAAUUUGGAUUUUGCGGGACAAGCCAAUUAUGGCGUACUGCUUCAUUAUCAAGUAUGAAAAAAUUAGUGUUUAUUUAACAUAGUGUAAUCUCUUCAACCAAUAUUAGAAUGACUUCGAUUUCUGCUAUCUUUAAAACAAAGUCUGUUGGCAGCUUCUGCAGAUAUUUGAAGUCUAAAUGGAUGUCCUUUGUGAUAGUGUCGUCGUUUUUCUUUUUUGUGUGGGAAAUGAAAUUGUGAGGGAGAAAGAAGUUAGAGGAUGUAUCUUGUAUAAUACUAUAAAGUCUAUAUUCAUUGACA